UCAAGCCCAUCGCCUAAUAUUGUCAAAUGCAAGCGUGUAAAUUAUUUGGAAUGGCAGGAGUAUUUUAUGUCAAUUGCAUUUUUAAGUGCACAGAGAAGCAAAGAUCCAAGGACGCAGGUAAAUAACUGUCUCUGCAGAUGCUCCACUUGAUAUUAUAUAGAUAAUAUUUAUGUACCUGGUACCAUACCAGUAUGGUUAAUCCAUUUUAAACUCUCUUAUAAUAUAACACUAAUGUUGGCAAUAGAUUUCAUAGGAUGUUAAAUUAAUUACCCAUCAGAUAUAAUUUGUGGAGGAGUAACCAUUGUUUCUAUUUCCUUAAAAAGGGCUUGUUUUGUUGUUGUUGAUUUUAAUGGUGAAAAUAUUUUUAUAAUUCUUGGGCCACAAAUGAUAUCUCUGUUUUAUUUGUCAUCUACAGGUUCAUGGUUUUUAAGUUUAAUAUUAGAGUAGUCAUAUUUUUUGUUUGUUUCAGUUUCAAAUUUUUAUUUGGAGAGUAUUUUUUUUUUUCAAAAAUCAUCAAAAUGUUCUAUCAGAUUUAAAAAAUUCACUAUAGAAGAUUUAUUAAAGGAGAGAAAAAAAGCACACAUCAUUUUCAUUUUAUACAAAAGGUUAAGAUUGAGAGGUAAUCAAAAUUUUUUUAAUUUAAAGGAAAAAUAUUGACUGUUUAAAUUAACUUUUAAAUCAUGGGUCACCAAACUUUUGUCACAGUUGGCCAUCUAACUGAAAAAAUGAUGAGCGCAGGCUGCAUAAUCACUCUGUCGUCUGUACAAUACUUGCAAGCCAGAACAAAAGCUCUGGGAAAAAAAGAUGAAAAGCUAAGUUUAAUAUUCCAUGUUAAUUAUGGGUGAGUGACGUGGAAUGCACAAAUAACAAAGACAACCGACAUAGUUAUUUACUAAAAAUAAGUUAUCAAAGAAGGCGAUGUUAGCAAAAAGAUAGUUACAUCAGACCUAGGGCAAACAUAUCGGAAUGUCACAAACUCGGCAGCAAAAAAAGGUAUGUGAGAUUUGUGAAACUGACGUUUGGCUCUUAAGAUAUCAUCAAUGUUUGGUUUGGAAUUGCUGCAUCCAAAUACCAGCAAGAGAAUAGCUUCCAAAAGCUGAUCAAUAACCAUCUUCCAUGUUUUGAAUUCACAUACUUCAUUUUUUAAAAUGUUUGCUCACAGACAUAUAUGUUUUUCCAAACACUGAUGCCAUACUAGCUGCAAAUUGCUUCAGUUUUGGAAACUCAACAUCAGGUAAGCAGCGGUAAAAUUUAACAACUUUUCCUUCUCUGUGCUUCUCUUUCAACAAGUCAUUUGCUUGGAAAUCAAUGAACUCUAUCUGUGUUUGAACUGGCACGUCGUCAAGGUUACAAUCAAACGGCUUCUGGAACUGAAGAAUGUCAUUCUCAAUCCUGUCAAGAUCUGAAAAUCUCUAAAAAAAAAAAACUGCUUCUUUAAGACCCGAAAAUAUUUUUGUAAAAAAUGAGGUUGACAUUUUCAUCGCUUGUAGCUUAAAACUCUUUGAAAUAGUGAGAAAGAGGAAAGUUUUGACCUUCCAUUUGUGCUACAAACAAUGAGCGCUUACUCCAAAAGCCUUUGAUAAUUCUGUAGAGAUCACAGUUGAGGUUAUCUUUUCCCUGAAGUUUCAAGGUCAAUUCAUUCAUAUGGGAUGUGACGUCGACCAAAAAUGACAACUUUGACAACCAGGUAGGAUCUGACAGCCAGGUAGGAUCUGACAGCCAGGUAGGAUCUAACAGCCAGGUAGGAUCUAACAGCAGGGUAUGAUCUGAAAGCUGUGGAUCAGCUCUAUCUUUUUCAGUGAGAAAAACAUCUGUUUUUUUAGGAGGUUGCAAAAACGAAGCAGGACUUAACCGCAUCUGAGCCACCUCACUGCUGUGUGAUAAGGCAAUUUCAGAAUUCAGAAUCAAUUUCUUCAAGAACAGUUUUGAACUGAUGGUGAUUGAGUGCGAGUCCCCGAAUGAAUUUCAUAUCAGAAACAACUAGUUUCAGUACACAAGAAAUAUUUAAGUCUUUCUCACAGAGUGCAUCCUGAUGUAUGAUGCAGUGUAUUAAAAGAGCACCUGGAAUUUGAAAAUCUUCCAACUGAGUCCUGAUCUGCCCCACCAGACCCUUCCUCACUCCAGCCAUGUCUUUUCCUCCAUUAAAUGUAACACCUUUAAGCUUAUUCCACUGAAAGUUAUAGUCUUGCAAAAAUUUUUGCACUUACAUGAAAAUGUCUUUUUCAGUUGUUCCAUGCAUGCUGCAAAUGGAUGCUAACUCUUCUGUCACCUGAAAGUCCAAAUUGACACCAUGAAUGAACACGAGAAGUUGUGACGCACUCAAGAGAUCAGUAGACUCGUCCAGCACCAGAGAAUACCUUAUAACAAGUUCCUAGCCUUCUCAUGUAUCUGUAGCACUGUGUUCUCCGCUCAAGUGAGCUUUCUGAAAGGCUGAUAGUUGCAAACAAACUGGCUUUCUCAGGACACAAUUCAUUUGUUGGUUCCAAUACUUCCAUCAUACACUCUUUGUUGAGUUUGCUAUCAGUAAACUGUUCACCUCGUUCUGCCUUUUUAUGCACUAUUUUAUAACUUGUAUGAGGGACACAUUCAUUUUCACCAAACUUUCUUGUGAAGAGAUUUCUUUUGGGUUUCUAAGCCACGUUUCAUAGACUAUUAUUUAAUUUCUCAGAGGGUAACUUUCCAGACAACGUUGAAUAUGUUGAUAGAUGUUUUGUUUCAUAGUACACCGAAGAUUGUACCCUUUCAAAAUAAACAGCCUAAAAUAGUGUUUUUGAACCAGUGUCCAUGAGUGACAGCCAAAACAGACCAAAAUCGCCUAAAUGCAACAUUUCUGCCCAUCAGGGUUAUUACAUAAAAUAGGAUAGACACUUGUAUCAUUGCACAGAGUUCCAGGAGCAACGUAAGCAUUAGCAUAAGGAUCUGCUCUAGCAGAAAUGUUGAAAAACACUGGCCUAGAGACAAGCUUGAUUAACACUUUGAUCAGGAAGUUUUUCUAAGCUGGGGAUUAUAUUUUCGUUAUUACACUAGGCCUCUAUGGCAUUUUUAUGCCAUGUUUGUUACUUUAUUGCCUUUAUUCACACAUGUAGUUCACUUACCUAUCACUGUCAAGCAAAGAAAUCCUUUUUACUUACCUAUAAAAUGGAUGGCAGGCAAAAAGGAGUAAAUCUCUCUUAGAGUGUCGGACCUGUUUUGAAAGCCGGGCGCAUUUGGGAGCAUGAAAGAUGCGUGUUUGUGUGUGUUGCCAUGGAAACCAUGGUAACGCCAGAGCGUAGGCGGAGCUACCACGAGCCGGGGAAGGACUUGGGAUCGCGAAAUAAGCAACCAUAACAACAAACAAGAAAAUCUAGAUACAAUAAUUUAAAAUGGUUAAUUUAGGGCGCGCAGCAGCCAGGAGGUCUUUAUACGUGUGAAGAUCUCCUAGUAUUUCUAUUAAUUCUAAACAUAAUAUUUAAAUUGUAUCACAACAUCUUGUGUUCCAUAUGUUUUAUUAAGCAAAUUCAAGUACUGCCGUGGGCCUGAUGUACUGAUGUCGCAGGCCAGAUCCAGCCCGCAGGCCCUAGUUUGGUGACCCCUGGUUUAAAUUAAUAAAGCGCAAAUAAAGGUUAUCGUUUAUCUUGAGAAAUUAUUUGGGUAUUAUCUGCUAUGCUUGUAAUUAUAAACAAAAGGGGACAUACUAAAUAAUUAUGAAGGUUUUUGCAUAUAGCCCAGUGGGUAUGCAGGAGUUAUGUACACAAGUGGGAUGCAAGAUUUACCCUCCCAUGAAGCAGCAUAUUUGAAAAUGUCAUAUAACUAUUAGAAUUAAUAUAUAUUUAUACGACAUUGUUUUGAAUAAUUGGGAGAAAUCGUUCUUUUUUUUUUCAAACAGGUGGGAGCUUGCAUAGUAAAUCAAGAUAACAAAGUAGUAGGCAUAGGUUACAAUGGCAUGCCCAUUGGCUGCAAUGAUGACAACAUGCCGUGGAAUAAAGCAGAAGAUGAUAGCCGAGAUAAGUGGCUAGAAAGCAAAUCUCCAUAUGGUAAAGCAUUCUAGUUCUUUCUCUGGAGCUAUCUUUAUAAGAUAAGAUAAGAUGCUUUUAUUGAUCCAAGCGAAUUGAAAUGUUUUAUGAUUGCAUUUUACAUUUUCAUUGCAUAAAUAAAACAAUUUGAACGUAAGACAUUUAAAAUAAAUUAUUUCACUAGUAAAAAAACAACAAAAAAAACCAGCCAUUCAGUGAGUUCUUUUAGCCAUAUCAGGAACUUAUUAGUUCUCAUUAAGAUUUUUUACUUCAAGGGGAGCACGCUGGUAAAUCUGUAUGUUUAAUUUGUUUUCAUUUGAAUAAAUUAAAAAAUCAUAAAAUAAUUAAAAAAAAUAGAAAUAGGAUAAGAUACUUUAUUGAUCCAAAUAAAUGGAAAUAUUUUCUUAUUGCAUUCCUAAAUAGGGGCCAUACAUAAAUGAUGUCACAUGUCUGGGGUGGGUUACAUAUUUCUGACAAUGUUUGACGUGAGGAAAGGUGGGUUUAGCAAUGUGACAUCACAUUAAAAGAAAAUUAUUGAAAAAAAUUGCACUUAAUAACACUAAAUUAUAGACAAUUAAAAAAAUUAUUCUUUUUAUGCAACAAUCAUAAUUAUUUACAUUUAAUUAUAAUAAAGCUGGGCGAUGCUGUGCAAGUGCAGAAAACAGAGAGGAAUGGAGGGGGAUAGUUUUCACGUCAUCUGUGGCGCCCCAACGGUGCAAGGACUAAAGGACAUGAUGAUGAUGAUAAUAAUUUUAUUUUUAAACUACUAUCAAUGAGAGAAUCAGUACAGGUAUGCGAUGUCUGAAAAGGGCCUCUGAAAAAGUUACAGGACGCCACAGUGGAGGAGAAUGAGGGUGUAGUGACUUUGACAGUCGUGAUGAUUUAUGUGGAGAUGGGAGUCAUCGAAUUAGGGAUACCACGUGAAGUGGGAUGGAACUAGAAAUGGUUAACCGGGGAUGGGGUGAUCUAAGUAAAUGUUUUAGGUUAGGGAUUCUUAACCAUUUUGAAGCACUGCAUCCCUUCUCAAUUUAAAAACACUUUCUGCACACCUCCCCUCCCUUGCAUAAAUUAUGUUGUGAUGAAAAGUUGUAAAAUGAUAAUUAAAUAAUUUUGUUAUUGUGUUUUUUAAAAUCUAAUUAACUUUCUAGGAGCAAGAAAAAAAUUACCAAUACAAGUAAUGUGCAAACAAUAUUCACCAGAAAAACAUUUACUGUAGCUAAUCAAAAUACGGUACCCGGUACAUAAAAAUGUUUUUCUUUUAAGGCAGCAACAGCUAGCAAUAGCAUAAAAUACAAUUUUUAUUUUUUUCUGCACCUCAGAGGGUGCAUUGACCCCUGGUUAAGAACCACUGUUCCAGGGACAUGUUUCUGACACAGGUGCAGUAAUGCGAUAUCCAUGGAAGGGUUUGUGAAGGACAGUAACAAACAGGGGGGGGGGAGAUCUGCAAAAUUUGCGUGGCAUCAUACAUGGAUGGCCCAUAUUCAUUUUCGGCACAUAAAUAAAAUAUGAAUUUAAACAUAGACAAUUUUUUAAAAUUAUAACAAUUUAAACACAAGGCAUCUAAAGUAUUUCUGUAGCAUAGAAAUCGGCCAUAAAUUAAGAUAACUUUUUGUUUUGUUUUGUGAUGAGCUAUUAUAUAUAUAUUUAUAUAUAUAUAUAAUAUAUAAUUAGGCACCUACAUUUUUUUUAAAAACAAAGUAACUGAGUAUCUAGCCUCUGGACCCCGCCUAUUUUUAAAAGUACGGUAACUGAGUAGCUAGCCCCUGGACCCCGCCUAUUUUUAAAAGUUUGGUUUGGUUUCAAAAUCAUUUUUGUUGUUUCUGAAAUCUUGAUUCCUAUAGGUUGAGUAGAGCUCAUUAAAACAUACUCUAUAAUAUAAUUUUUAAAAAAGUAUUCUUAUUUUUUCCUUUUAAUUCAAGGUAUUCUCUUUUUAAUCCAUGAUUACUUAGUCAAACAAUGACAACCGCAAAUGAUAUGAAAGCGGAACCAAUCCAUUGGCUCUUAUUUUCUCUCCGAAGAAUAUAUAGAUUUUUCGACAUGGUCAUACCCCAUACUACUUUCAGGAUUAUUUCUUUUAAGAAAAAACAUAAAUCAUAAACAGAAAAGCCCAUCUUGCGUCUGACAUGUAUUUCAAAUUAAGUUAAAUUUUUAAAAAGAAGCUUAAAACUUUCAAUGCCUAAUCUUGUGGCAGACAUUAGCAUUAAAUUAAAAAGUUGUUUUGUUUCUUGACUGGAAUUGUGGCCAUUGAAUUGAAGCUUUUCUAGAAAUAUUUUGUGUUAACUUUUGCUUCAUUUGUUCUCACUCUUAUUGUUUUACGGUACUGCUGUACUGGACUACUCAAACAAAUUUUAAUGUCACCUUCAUUACUGGUAAUGGACUUCAUAAUAUUUUUACUUAAAAUAUACAUUGCAAUGAAAACUAGAAACUACAUUAUAAUUAUUUUAGAAAAAAUUAUUUUUUAAACUACGUCAUCUUUUUUUUAGUGUGUCAUGCUGAACUCAAUGCUGUACUUAAUAAAAAUCUUGCUGACAUAAAGGGGUGUAUCAUCUAUGUGGCAUUAUUUCCAUGCAACAUGUGUGCCCAAAUUAUAAUCCAGUCUGGAAUCAAGGAAGUUGUAUAUUACUCAGACAAAUAUCAUAACGAGGCCAAGUUCAAGGCAUCCAGGUACUUGUUAAAAACUGCCGGAGUCCAUUACAGGUAGGUUCAUCUUUAAAGUCAGGAAUAACAAUUUAACCUACCAUUCCAUGAUUAAAUUUUUAUAUUUCCACAAUCUUUCAUAUAUCCAUUCAUAAACAUAAAAUCCAAAAGGAGUUCAAUUUGCUGAAUAACAUGGACAUCCCAAUGAAGGUCAAGAAAUUCAAACCAUGUUAGUAAUAAUUUAGAUCCAAUAUUUAUUAGAAAUUUUCCUCAAAAUUUUUAUUUAACCACUUCAUAUAUAAGGAAUUCCCUAUCUUUCUAACUAAUUGCUUGGCCAAGUCUCACACCCCCUAUGAAUUGUUUCACCAAGUCUAACACCUCCUAUGAAUUGAUUUAAUAAGCACUCCCUUUGAAUUAUUUCACUAAGUCUCUCACCCACUAUACAUUAUUUCACUAAGUCUAGCAUCCCUUAUGAAUAUUUUCACUAAGUCCAGCACCCUCAUGAAUUGUUUCAUGAAGUCUAGCAUCCCCCAACAAAUAUUUUUAAAAACAUCUCACUUUUUAAAAAUUAAUGACAAGGAGAAACAUUGAACUUUGAAAAUAAAUUUGUGUCAUCUGUGUUCUUAUAAUCACUUUUCCUCACACCCCCUGAUAUAACACCUCUCACCCCAAGGGCUGGGAACCCUGAUUUAAACACAGUCUUUGAGAAAAUUAUUAUGUUAAGUUGUUUAUCUAUGUUUAGUUUGUUUUCUUUUGACAUAUUUUGUAGGCAGUUUCGACCUCGCCAGAAGAAAAUCAUUAUUGAUUUUGAGUCUAUUGAGGAUACACCGGUGGAUAACUCAAACAUCCCGAUUAACACCACCUGUGACAACAAAGAGGAGUUUACUACCAAUAACAACAACACAGGAAUGAAGAGAACCUUUUUUAUUGAAGAUCAAGCGGAACAA